AUGGUCCUUUGCCUUCAGUCUGACAAACGAAAGCGGCUGGUGAAGGCCAAGCUGGUUCAUGUAGUUCGACAUGGCGAGGCACAACACAACGUCAAAGACAAGUACCUGCUGAAAAACGACACGAAGCUAACGAAGCGUGGACGUCGCCAGGCGAAGUCCCUGCACACUUUGCUGCCCAAGCUCAAGGCAGAGGUUGCGAUAACUUCGGCCGUGCUCCGCGCUUUGCAGACGACGCGCUGCAUGGGCUUCUCGGGCAAAACCGUGGUGGUCCCAGAGGCACGGGAGGUGGCCGGAUGGCCUGCCAAUGCUCCCAUCGACACGAAGCGCGCUCUAGCUGGCGAUUUGGAGUCCCAGUUUGGCUGCUACGAUUGGUCAUUAGCGGUGAAAGGCUGCGCACCCAACGGCCACAGUGCUCAAGGAUGGGAGCGUCUUGUGCAGAUCAAGGUGUCUCACGGUGAAUUUCUGCAGCAUCUGACGAGUGACAAGUACAUGCAGAACUGCCUACUGGCUGCAAGUGUGAAGUGCGGACCUACGCAGUGCGCGGGGGGAAGUGGCGACGCCUACGAAGCAGUAAAUGCACAGUAUGAACAAAACAUGUUCGUCCUCAAGCAUCUCCGGAAUUUCCACGGGUAUGACAAGACCGGCGCCGGUACCAUCUCAAUUCCAGAGAUGAAGGCAGUGCUGAGAACCACCACCAUCGGCUUGACGGAGAGGGACCUGAAAAGCGUUCUCAAACAGGUGGAUGCUGACGGAGAUGGGUCUGUCAGCUUCCCGGAGUACCUGCGUUUGGCGCAGAAACUGGUGGAGAUGCAGAACAAGACGAAGGGCAAGAGCUCGCGAAUCCCGAGGAUGUAUUUAGAGCCUGCCGCUCUCAAGCAGUACACAGACCUCUUUGAGGGAGCUGCAGGCGAGGACGGAGCGAUCAGCCUCAAUCAGCUUCAGGAGUUUUUGCAGCAGCACAAAAUGGCGAUAAGCGAAGAGCGCUUGACCAGUAUCAUGAAGGAGGUGGACGACGACGAAAGUGGUGUGCUAGAGCUGGAUGAGUUCCUGAUUCUGCUGAUUAAGGCUUUGGGAAUCAAGAGGAGGAAGGUCGGGCCAGAGCAGAACCCCGCAUCGCAACUGCGUCAAGAGGGCUGGGCCCUCGGGGAGCUAAAGAAAGUUGGCUACGACUGUGCUGCACUGCGGGAGGCUGGCUUCAGUGCUGCGGAUCUCAUGGAUGUUUGCACGGCUCGAGAGCUCUUCUUGGGCGGCGUACCUGUGCCAGAGUUGCUUGCAGCAGGCCUCAGUAUUUCGGAGCCGCGAGGCGCACGCUGCCAACAAGACACCUCUCUGGCACUGAACAGGUUGUCCUCGAUGGACGCCACUUUGAAGGAUUCCGGUCUGGAAGCAGAGGUGCUGGUACCGGUGAAGGUUGCCAUCCGACAUCUGGGAGCGGAAGUAUCCGGCGGAGGGCCACGCGUUCCAGUGUUUGCCCGAGCCGGCAAGGAGCUUUGCGCUGAAGACCAGGCAGGAGAUGCUCUGGGAGAGGCAAUCCGGGCCUGUGCCGAGGCAACAACAUCUCUGUGCGCUGCAAGCAUGAUGGAGGUGGUCGCGGUGAGGCAAGACAUGCGAACGCUUGACAAGGACUUGCCGUCGAGCGAGCAGCUCGCAGCUCGCAUGUCCAGGCUAGAGCAGCGCGUUCAGGCGCUGGAUGAGGGCUUGGGCCGCACUCUGCCAAAGGAACGUGUCGAGGCGAAGCUAGCAGACCGAAUUUCCAGGCUGGAGCAGUUGCAAGUUUCGCAACCCGCCCUGGACAAAGUGGGAUUCGGUGGCGCAGCCGCUGCUGAGGCGCUUGCAGAGGACAUGCGGCAACAGCAGAGAGCCCUCCAAGACCUGAAAUCCCAGUUUGAGCGCAGCUUGAGCCAGUUGGCAGAGCAGCUCCAGGAGGUGGUGAGAUCCCAGAGCCGCCUUCAGACCGAGAUCCAUUCACAGGCUCGUCCACAUGUCGAGCCUGGCUACAGCAGCGCUUUGAGGACGCUGACUGGCAAUGUGGAAGACCUCAAAAGCUUGAUGGAGCACUCGCCGCUGCACGGAAGAACUCGGAUUGACGGCCAGUCUCCAGGCACCGGCGGUGCAGCCUCGCCUCAGACGCUCAGGCCAACAGCUUCCCCGGCGGCCUCGAGCACCGGCGCUUUCCACUUCGCCAGUGCCCAGGCCUUCUGCGUCAAAUGCGGAAGCCAGCAUGCAGCAGACGAGAUCUUCUGCCGCAAGUGUGGCCAUAAGAGAGAACAGGCUUCCGCGCAGGAAGCCGUACUGGUCGAGGCCUCGCCGAGUCCCAGUCUCCUGCGCUCAAGGUAG